AUGACAAUUAAAUACAAAAAACUAAUUUGGAUUAAGUGUUUCAUAUGUAGAGGAAAUAUUUUAUUAGAAUUAGGAAAUUUAAAAGAAGCCUUAGUAGAAUUCGAUUAUACAAUAAAUUUAAAUCCAACAGACGGGAUGAAUUACAUGAAUAGGGCAAAAGUAUAUUUUGAUUUAGAACAAUACAAAAAAGCAAUAGAUGAUUAUUCAUUGGCUUAAAAAUAUGUUAAAGACUCAACAAAUUUGUUCAAAAUAUAUUAUAAUCUAGGAGAAAGCUAUCGAAGAAUAAAAUAAAUGCAAGAAGCAAUAUAAUAUUUAGAGAAAGCCACAUUAAUAAAAAAAGAAGAUUCUGAAGCAUAAAAUACAUUAGGACUAGCUUUAUUUGAAGACUAAAGAUACGAAGAAGCAUUAGAAAAAUUUCAAGAAGCUAGAAAUUUAGAUGAUAAGAAAGCUGAUUAUUAUACAAAUAAAGCUUAGGCAUUAUAUUAUAUGAAGGAAUAUGCAUUAUCAUUAGUAGAAUGUGAAAUGGCAAUAUUACUAGAUUCAUAAUCAUCACGAAAUUUUUAUGUUAGAGGAAAUUCAUAUUUAGCAAUGAAUAAAUUUUAUGAAGCACAUAAGGAUUUUGAUACUGCAAUAUCAAUAAAUUGUAAUAAUGAAAUGUAUUAUCAUUCUAAAGGAAUGACCUACAACUAAUAAUACGAAUAUGAAAAAGCAAUCCGAAUGUUCAAAAAAGCAUUACAAAUAAAUCCUAAUCAUAUCCCAUCUAGAUACCAUUUAGGUCUAAUGUUACAUAUAAAUGGUUACUAUCAAGAAUCUAUCCAAAAUUUUGACAUAGUUUUAAAAGAUAAAGGAGAUGAUCGUCUAGUAUAUGAAAGUAGAGGUAAAGUUUACCAAGAUAUGAAUUAAUACGAACUUUCAAUUUAGGAUUUUAAUUAAGCGAUUAAGUUAGAUACAUCGAAUUCAGAAACUUAUUACUAUAGGGGUUUGUCAUAUAUUGCAAUGAAGAAAAUUAAAUAAGCACUUCAUGAUUUUACACAUUCAUUGCAAUUAGGUAAUAAAUAUCCUGAGGUUUUUAGCGGUAUGGCCCAAGCUUAUAGGUAAAUUAAUGAUUAUGAAAAAGCUCUCUUUUAUAUUAAUGAAGCAUUAGAUAAAUGUGCACUUAAUGUCGACUUUUUACUAUAAAGAAGCAAUAUAUAUGUCGAUAUUAAUGAAUAUACAAAAGCCAUUACUGAUUUAAGUUUAGCUUUAGAAUAAAGACCAAACGAUCCUAUGGUAUUAUAUAAAAGAGGAAUAGCUUUAUUUAAAAAUAAGGAGUAUUUUUAAUGCAUAAAGGAUUUGUUCAAAUCUUACGAAUAAAAACCAAUAAGUAAUUACACAGCAGAUUUACACUAUCAUUUAGGAGUUUCAUUUGCAAAUUUAGAAAAAUUCUGGAAUUCAGUAGAACCAUUAACAGAAGCAAUAAAAUUAUAAUAAGAUUUCCCGCAUUAUAUACAUGAAAGGGCUAAAGCUUAUUUGUUAAUCGGAGAAUAUGAAAUGGCGGAAAAAGACUUUAAUAAAGUAAUAGAAAUGUAACCUAAUAAUUCACAUGCAUAUUUUGGUAGAGGAUUUGCUAGAAAAGGAAAAAAGUUAUACGAAUAAGCUGCAGAAGAUCUUGAACAUGCAAAAUAAUUAGACCCUUAAAAUCAUUUAAUGGUGGUCAAUUAUAGAAAUAUGGCUUAAAUUUAAUUUAUUCCUUUAUGUAAACCUGGUGAAGAAGACUAAUAAAUAUGA